AUGUACAAAAUGGAUUACUCCUACCUCAAUUCCUAUGACUCUUGUAUGGCAGCGAUGGAAGCCUCAGCCUAUGCGGACUUCAGUUCCUGUAGCCAGGCAAACACCUUCCAGUAUAAUCCCAUUAGGACCAGUUUUGGGGCAAGUCCUGGAUGUCCGCCCUUGGCCACAGCCAACUGCACCCUGGGAGCACUGAGGGACCACCAGCCUUCUCCAUACUCCACAGUUCCAUACAAGUUCUUCUCAGACCCAUCCAGCAUCAAUGAAAAGAGGAAGCAGAGAAGGAUCCGAACCACGUUCACCAGUUCUCAGCUGAAGGAGCUGGAGAGAGUGUUUGCAGAGACGCAUUACCCAGAUAUCUACACACGAGAAGAGCUGGCACUCAAGAUCGACCUGACAGAGGCCAGAGUUCAGGUCUGGUUUCAGAACAGACGAGCAAAAUUCCGUAAGCAGGAGAGAGCAGCCAAUUCCAAAAAUGGGUCCAGCAACAAUGGAGGCACGAGCAACAAGAAGUCUGAUGCAAGGUCUUCCUCUGAAGAUGAUGAAUCCAAAGAGUCCAACUGCAGUCCAACCCCAGACAGUACUGCAUCCCUACCAACAGCAAGCAACCUCAGCAGCCCAGGAGACAGCCUAAGUCCAAGUCCGGGCUCAGGCCUUUUAUCCAGUCAUGCUGCCCAGUCCAUUAAGGCACCAGUUUGGCCUGGAGUCCCAACCAGCAGUAGCUCAAAUACGGUUGACAUCCUUAAGGCUUGGCAACCUGCUGAUGCCGUAACCGGUCCAUUUGCAGGAGUCCUAUCAAGUUUCCACCGGAAGCAGAAUACCCUCAAAACAAACCUAUUUUAA